GCAGGAAGGGCUGGCGGCGGCGGGGCCCGCCGGUCCGCGAGCGCGGCGAGGCGGCGGCGGCGGCGGCAGCCGAGAGUUUCCCGCUGGACUUCACCGCCGUGGAGGGCAACAUGGACAGCUUCAUGGCGCAGGUCAAGAGCCUGGCGCAGUCGCUGUACCCCUGCUCGGCCCAGGCGCUGCCGCACGACCUGCGCCUGCACCUCCUGCACAACGCCUCGGUCACCUGCAACGACGGCAGCCCGGCCGGCUACUACCUGAAGGAGUCCAAAGGCAGUCGGCGGUGGCUGCUGUUCCUGGAAGGAGGGUGGUACUGCUUCAACAGGGAGAACUGCGACACCCGCUACGACACCAUGCGGCGGCUGAUGAGCUCCCGGGAGUGGCCCGCGACCCGCGUGGGAACUGGGAUCCUGUCCUCUCAGCCAGAAGAAAAUCCCCACUGGUGGAAUGCAAACAUGGUAUUCAUCCCGUAUUGCUCAAGUGAUGUUUGGAGCGGUGCCUCUUCCAAGUCUGAGAAAAAUGAAUAUGCCUUCAUGGGAGCACUGAUCAUACAGGAGGUUAUAAAGGAGCUGGUGGGAAAAGGUCUGAGCACUGCGAAAGUGUUGCUGCUAGCAGGGAGCAGUGCUGGAGGGACAGGGGUGCUCCUGAACGUGGAUCGAGUGGCAGAGCAGCUGGAGGAGAUGGGUUAUCAGGGGAUUCAGGUUCGAGGCUUGGCAGACUCGGGAUGGUUCCUGGAUAACAAACAGUACCGCAGGACCGACUGCAUCGAUACCAUAACGUGUGCUCCCACAGAGGCCAUCAGGAGAGGAAUCAGAUACUGGAAUGGCAUUGUUCCCGAACGCUGUAAGCUGCAGUUUAAAGAGGGAGAGGAAUGGAAUUGCUUUUUUGGAUAUAAGAUUUACCCCACUCUUCGAUGCCCAGUCUUUGUUGUCCAGUGGCUCUUCGAUGAGGCCCAGCUUACUGUAGACAAUGUACACCUCACUGGCCAGCCUGUUCAGGAAGGGCAGUGGCUCUACAUCCAGAAUUUAGGUAGAGAGCUGAGAAACACCUUGAAGGAUGUGACUGCGAGCUUUGCUCCUGCCUGUUUGUCCCACGAGAUCAUCACACGCAAUCACUGGACUGACAUCCAGGUGAAGGGGACAUCAUUACCCCGUGCCCUGCACUGUUGGGAUCGGAGCCUCCAUGAGAGCAACAAAAAUGGGAAGGCUCCUCUGAAAGGCUGCCCAAUUCACCUGAUUGACAGCUGUCCAUGGCCUCACUGCAACCCCUCGUGCCCCACAAUCAGGGACCAGUUCACAGGGCAGGAGAUGAAUGUGAUCCAGUUCCUCAUGCACAUGGGUUUUGAUGUUCAGAAGAUGGCACAGCAGCAGGGCCUGGAGCCGAGUAAACUCCUGGGGAUGCUCAGCAGUGGUAACUAGAGAGGUCAGAGGGGCAGAGAUUGGAUCAGGAGGAGAGAGACUCUCAGCCCUUCUCCCAGACUUUCUAAUCUUCUUGCUAAUGUUCCUGCAGGCAGAUGCAUGCUCAUACCCAUGGCACACUCACAGCUGUGCACUCACAUGCUCCCACACUCUUGCACGCUUAUGGUGUGUCAAGGAAAAAAAAAGAAAAAAAAAAAAAGGCAAGCAGCAAUUUCUUGCUUACACUGUUUGGCUGGAACUUGUUCUCUCCCUCCAGACUCCAGGGCUAAGUUUCAGCUGGUCACAUCCUCUUCCUGUGCUACACAAGGCAAUCAGAUACAGGGAGUAGCAAAGCCAUAAAUAGCAGCGAUGAGAACCUUCCCCAGAUCUGGGACAUUUUCCCUUGCCACGAAUUUCACAUCAUAGACUUGUUACAAGUGGUGAAAAAAGCAAGCACUGGAUUUCUUCUGUCCAACUAGGAGGGAAGGAAUGAUUACAUUACUUCCUGGAGGUUAGCAUCUCAUGCUGAAUCACAGAAUACAGACCCAGGACACGUGCUAAGGAUGGACACUCUUGUACUCAAUUUAUUCAUAUUAUUUUAUAAAAUGACUUUUUAAAUACUUUUUUAAACUAAGCAAGAAAUAUAAAGGAUAUUGUAACAUAUUUUUUUUAAAAUAACGAAGAAACCUCUUGCUACUUUGGCAACGUGGACAUAUUUAUUUUAAUAUGUAAAACGCUAUUUAUAAGGGCUGACCAGAGAACCAUACCUAUGUCUUUGUAAAGUUGUAUAUGCUGCUCAUUUGGAUGGGUUAUCCUGAUGGUCACUUGUGCCUGGGAGAGGGCUAAGGGUGGUGUUGAUAUUUUGUAUUAAUUAGAUUUCUGUGUUCCCCUUGCA